CUGUUCCCGUGUGCGAUGCUGCCAGCUGUGGGGAGAGGCCGCGUCCGUCCCUUUCUUAUUCAUCUUUCCUUCGUCGCUCCUUUUCUCUCCCCCGUUCUCCAUUUUCGCUAUCCGUCGUUCGCCUGCUUCGCCCCACCGCGCUUCGCUUUCUCGGACCCGUUGCGGCUAACUUCUUCGCCGUCGGUGUGCGUGGCCGUUGUGAUGGCGUUUGUGCGUUCGCCCAGUUUCUUCUCCUACUGUCUCCUGCGCCCGCCGUCGCGCCGUUCUGCCGAUUGCAUUGAGGCUGUUCGUCUGCUGCUCCACCUUCGUUGGCUCGCCGCUGUCCUGGUUGUGCUACUUGGUUCUGGUUGGAAGAGCUGCUCUGCUUCUGCAUCUGCACCUGUAGCCUGCUGCUGCUACUCAAGGUUUGCUCUCCUUUUCCACUACAUGUGCCUUGUUUAUGGCUCAACAUGUAUUUAUCUCUUGGUGCCCUGGGCUUAUGGCGUCGUCUUCUUCAACCGAUGAGGCUGCAUCCUGUGCUGCCGUUUCAGUUCAAGGUAUUUCGUCCUCAUCCGUCUCUUCGAGAAGAAAUAUUACAAGAGCUUCUAUUUCUUAUGGUGAAACAAAAUGCCUAGAGAUCCGGACACACUACCAUUUCCAGAUCAUCUUCUCUACUGAUAGUAGAACUGCACGAAGGCACUUUGAUGAUGCAUUGGCUAAAGCUUUUCAGCUAGAAUGCGACGAAAUUGUUACUUUUGAUGCUCCUGACCAGGAAUGUGGUAUAUUACACUGAGUAUGAGAAUUCACAGCACCGUUGUGAGGUUGGUAAUUAUAUAGUAGAAAACAACCGAUGUUUUAGUUAUCUGUUGUAGACAGUUUUUGUAUGCCUAUUUCCUCUCAGUAAGAUAUGCAAUUUAAGCUUCGCAAGCUUAUUAUGAAAAGUAUUUGUUAAUGUCAUGAAGUCUUUGAACAGAAAAAAAGAAAUGCAUGUAGUGACAGCACUCAACAAGACAAAAUUUGAACCAUGCAAACCAAUGCUAGCGUCGUCAUCUAAAAAGAAUAUACCCAGUGCUUGCAUAAUUUGAGCACGUCAUAAAGAAGCCUUGCUAUCCGAUAUUCUCUCAUGUCAUGAAAUAGUGCAUAAAUUAUGUUUCAAUAUAAGCAUAGAUCAAUAAAUCCAAAUUUGAGGGAAGGGCAGUAAUAUAUUUCUUUAGUGAUUUCUGUACUUAAGCUUUGUAAAACACUGUCCUCUUUACUUUCAGGAAAAUCGCUUCUUGCAUUGUUUCAGUGUUAGAUGUAUGUUCAUAUGCAAGUCUUGCACACCAAAGUCUUUUUAUUUGAUACAGGCACAGUACUUCUGUUUAUACAUUGCAUUCAGGUUCAAUUCAUACUUGUGAUAAUUAGAAGCUACCAGGUAGUAAAUGUUGUGGUCCACACCAUCGAUGCAUAGCUUAUGGUUAUACAAGUGAUCAUAUACAAACUCACCUUCAUCAGCAUCCUGCGCAUAAAGUUUCUAGGAUAAAUUAGUUAUUUUGGUUUCUUGUUCUCUCAUCCUUGAAUUUGAUCAUCCAGCUGUUGCCAUAACAAAAAAUAAUAUGGUAUUAGUUUUACUUACAUUACUCAAAGUACAUUUUCCCCUCUAAAAGCUUUUACCUGCCGAAAUAUGAUUUAGUGCCUUAUGCUUAUCAGCCAGUCGUGUUAUGUUCUCUAAUCCUUGGAUAUGUCACACCUUUUUAUUAUAGUUUGCUUAUUAACAUAGCAACAUCCGUCAAACAAAUGAUUCCAUUUAAUUCAUGCCCUUGCAUCAAAUGACAUCCGUUUAAAAUCACAGGCCACACCACCAAUGAUCAAAAUCCCUUACAGGAUGAUGCUGGAUGUUCUUUUAGAGACUUUAGAGCUUCCAGCGGCUAAGUAUCGAAGCAAAGUAUGUGAUGGCGGUAGAGUAUGCGUCACUGUUUUUUUCCAUACGCCCACAUCAUAUGUUGAAGAUCAUGGCAGUCGUAUGGCUAUUUCUGGGGUGCAGUGUAUCAAUCAUGCUAUGUCAGAGGACACGGCUGCCAUGGAAGAGACUGGAUACAUCAAAUGCAUGGUUAAGACUCAAAGUAAGAGACUACAAUUACAGCAACAUGAAGAGACUGGAUGAGGAAAAUCAGUCUCUAAAACAUGAGCUGGGUGUAGCUAAGUAUAACAAGCAGAAAACAAAGCCAAAGACCAGGUCCAUCAAGAACAAACUAAUGAUGGCUAGGUAUAAGAACAAGAAAAAUGCUAUGGGCUGGUUCGUUCUUACAAGAUACAUGCAUGGAUUAUCUGAUCAUAUAUGCAAUGUAAUAGCGCUCAACAGAUCGUCUGGGAAAGAACCCAUGGAUCCUCUUAUGAACGAACCUCUUAACAACAUUGAGAAGCUAGCAGAAAGGCUCAAACGCGGGGUGCUCAAAUCAGAGAAGCAACUAAAAAGCAUCAAGAGAGGAUUUUAGAGUUGUAUUCUACAAGAAUGCAUCCUAAACCAGACCUUUUAGAAUUAUAGUCUAUUUCGCUCCUUUUGUUUAACCGCAUAGGUUAACCGUAAUGUAUAAUUAUAUUUCUCUUUAGACCAAGCGCAGAGUAAGACUUGCCAAGAUUGUGUGUGUAAGAGCUAAUGAUAAUCCUGUCAAGACUC